AUGCUGGGGCUGACCGUACACGCCGUCGAACGCCUCCCGCUCGACGAGCAGCUCGUGCUCAUGCGGCCCGUGGUCCGGAUCCACAUCGUGGACUCCCAGACAGGGAAGUAUUUGCGCCGCAAGAGCCUCGACAGCGGCGUGCCGCCCGAGGCGCAGGGGCAGCCGGUGCACGCGGUCAUGGCGACGGACCUCGACGCGGGCGGCGUGUCGUACCCUGUGCGCCACACGCACGCCGCGCAGACGGCCCCGCAGAGCCUGCAGCGGUACCGCAACGGCGCGACGCUGCAGGCGGUCUACGAGGAGCAGAUGCUGUUCCACAACGCGCUGAACGACCUCCUGGACGUCGGCGCGGUGCUGCUUUUCGAGGUCCUCCAGCCCCCCGUGUCGCUCGGGCACUACAAGGACAGCAAGCGCGCUUUCCGCGCAGUUGGCGGCGAUGGCGUCCCCGUCGCGUGGGGGUUCCUCAAGAUCCGGAGCAAGUCCGGCGCGCCGCAUCUCCUCGAUCGCGGCACGGUGCAGCUGUUCGCGCCGACAGCGCGGGCCGCGGACCACGCGGAGGCUGCGCGCGUCAAGGGCGCUCUGCGGCACCUCUGGGCCGCGUACCGCAACUUCGUCGACCACGAGACGUCCAAGGCCCCCGGGAGGCACUCGAAGCAGCUCGGGACGCUGCGGCUGUCGGUAUUCGCGGUGGAACGCCGGCUGCCGAAGACCGUUGUCGCGAGGCGCGGCGUGAUCGCGCGGCCCGAGAUGAUCGUGGGCGCGGGGGCCGGGUACGAGAUCGGCGAAGGCGCAGCGACGAUGCAAGGCUCCACCGGGACGCCGUCAGGGCGCGAGUCGGCGGUUUCGGGGGUGCCGGCGCGGAUCCAGCUCGGAUGCGGGAUACCUGAGCUCGAGCGUGGGCCCGGGAAGGCGUGCGAGGUGCCCACGGGGCUGAUGCAUGCGCUGCGGCCCAGUGCGCAGACGCAGGGCGUGAUGGCGUGCCGCAUGUCGCGGACGGGGCGGCUCGUGGCGGUGGCGACGGCGUCGGCGCCGGUGAUGGCGCUGGACGUGUACCGCGUCGCCACGGGCGAGGUCGUCGCGUCGUUCCGGGGCCAUCACGCGACGGUGUACGACGUCGAGUGGUCGUACGACGACCACCAGGUAAUGACGGCGUCCGCGGACUACGCCGCGAAGGUCUGGGACGUCGGCCCGCACGAGCUGCUGCCGCACCGCGGGGACGUGCCUCUCGCGGAGCGUCUUUCCCUGCAGCACCCGUGUUUUGUGUACGCGGCGGUGUUCAUGCCCCGCCAGGUCGCGGGGGUGGCGAUCGGCGUCACGGGGGGCUUCGACGGGUGCCUGCGCGUGUGGGACCUAUCGAACGGCGUCCAGCUGCAGUCCCUCCGCGCGCACGCGGACCACGUGAACGCCAUUGCCUGCGGGUGGUACGGGCGGCGCAUGUUCAGCGCGGACGGCGGCGGAAUCGUGUCGGAACUCGCGUUCGACGAGCGCGCAAUCACGGAGCCGCCGGACGCCCGCUACCAGUGCCUCGUGGUCACGCGGCAGUGCGCGGACCUCUCGGGAGAGCCCAUUGUGUGCCUGCGCAUCAUGCCGGACAACGUGGGCCUUCUGGCGCUGACGAAGACCAGCAGGCUGGUGAAGAUGUCGAUCGGCGAGACGCGCACCUUCACAGUCGCCCGCGAGUACCUCGGCGCGGCGUGCUCCACGCUGCCGCUGCGGUUUGACGUCAGUCCCGACGGCAGGUACAUCGCCGCCGGUCUCGAGGUUGGGGGGGGAGUGAUGAUCUGGGAAGUGGACUCCGGCGACGGCGCGCACGUUCCCGCGCUCGGGCACGGCAAGGCGCCCGUGCUGCACGUGUCGUGGUCGCCAACGGACCAGGUGGUGACGACGUGUACCAUGACCUCAGGGCACCAGGCGCGGGUGUGGGCCGCGUGGCCCGGGCAGGAGCAGCUGCCUGCGCAGUGGGUCGCUGCGCCGGAGGGCCGCACGCCCAUGAGGCCGGGCGCGCGGAAGCGGUGGCGGGUGGCAGGCAGCGCGGCGGUGCUGGCGGGCGGGAGGCGCGGCGACGCCGCGGCGGCGCUGGACAAGGCGUCGGAGGACCUGCCCGAGAGGCUGACGCCGGAGGACGUCGCGAGGAUGCUGCAGGCGGUGCGGGUCGCGAUCCGCAGCAAGCCGUGGUACGAUGCUGAGUUGGAGAAGAAGGCUGCGGAACAAAGCCAUUGGCCGGUUUAG